AUGUUGGACACCACGUCGGCUGGACGGUUGUCAUCAUCAUCAUAUCGCCUUGCAACAUUCCAGAGCCGAAUUUCUAAUCCACUGGCCCUCAGGGACCCCGUAAUUGCAAAACUCGACAUUGAAUGCAAUGAAUUGGCUCAGACCUGGAAAAAAUUCCACGAACAUCUGCCGCAGCAAGAUCAGGUCGGCUUCGACGAAUGCCUUCAAGAGUUCCGCGAUGUCUCGGCCAUGAUAGGCAAUGUGCAGAAUGUCUGGAUGUCUACCCCACGCCAGCACGUGUUUAACCGUUCCAUGGCACUCUGUGAUCAGUUCAUCUCGUCUGUCCAUCUGCAUUUAGUGCUGCUGUCGGCCCUUCCUAGAAACGAAGCUUACAUUGCUCUAUUCCACGGUGUCUUGCAGUCAGUCAUCAAAGCUUCUGCCGAUUACCCCAGAGUCAUUGAAGGUCUUCUCGCAAUCCUGCUUCAGAUCAAUGAUUUCGUUCGCCUUCCAGUGGGAGACCAUGAUCUCUCAUCGAACAGAGACCUGGUCCUAUCUAUUGCAAACUUCUACGCUCUCAUCUUCCUCUUGCUCGGAGAGUUUAUGGAUUGGUACAUCAGAAAGGCCAAGUGUCGGUUGCUGAACAGUCCUAGUCUGGACCCUUAUCUGGAUUUCGAGCAUUUGCUACGCAGUAUUCGACAGUGUGCCAAAGAUAUCAGCCGCAUGCUCACCGACGAGAUGGAUCUUGAUACGGUGGACGGCGUGGGGGAAAACAGCAUAUUUCAAUUACCCGAUCUGUUCUUGUGGGAACAGGCUCGACUGAAGCAGAUCGGCUUGCAAAAAUCGGAUCGUCGGUUCGCCGCACAGAACGCUCUCACUCGUCAGUUGAUUUGGGAAAUCCAGCAUGAUGCGUCCGCGCGUGCCCAAAUGGCUGCCAAGAGAGAUGUCCUGCUCUCACAGUUGCUGGACUGUGCCAGUCAAAGUCUCCGCCCGGUCAGCCAACAACACAGUAGUAUUACAUGCUGGACGACGGUUGCGACGCGCGACUUGGACGAUUCACGAUUUAAUUGGUCUCGCGGCCCGAAACGCAAGUACACCCGAACCGAUCUUCAGUUCUCUUCCCGGCAUCUCCAGGACUUCUUCAAAGCUAGCGACCAAGUGGCCGACUUCGAAUCUGGCGUGGAUGUUAUCGCUGAAGAUAGUGUGCUACAAUCCUUACAACAGUGGGCGACAAACACUCAUUCGCAGAUGCUCGCUGUGGGCGGAUCUCCACCCACCACCUUUCCCAACACCGUUGCCCUUUUCUCUGCUUGUUUCGCCACUUUUGCUCGACAGGCACGACUUCCGGUCAUUUCCCACUUUUGCUCCCUCCCGACUCAGUCUACAGAUGGUUUGACUUUCCACGAGGCCUGUGAUUUGUGCGUGGAGCGUUUUACAUGCUUGAAUGGCACCUUUGGCUCGUGGAAAACGGUCCUCUCGCUUAUCGAUGCGCUUUUGCACUAUGCACCACCACUGCUGGUCUGCGUGAUUGAUGGUCUCGAUAAGCUUCAAGACGAAUCCACCGAUGCCUAUAUCCGGGAUCUGGUUCGGACCUUGAUGAUCCAUACCAGACAUCGGGUGGACGAUACGGCAGACGGUUCUUGGAACCAAAAGGUGCUCCUCAAGGUUCUCUUUACCGUAGCUGAUCGGCCCAGUUCCCUAGUGGAAACGAUGUCAGAGAAUCAACUCAUACUGAGCGAGCCAAAGGGAGCAGACGAGCGGAUCCCGACAGAUGCCACUCCAGCCUCGGGCGUCGGAGUGGUCAUGAUGAAUGCAUGA